CCUUCAUCCUAUUCACCCCAACACCUAAUACAGGAGUCCCUCGACAAUCGGUCAAACCUGACCUAACUGCCUGCCAGCGGGCGUGCCAUUCUUUAAUAAUAAUAGCUAACUUCGAGUCAUUCAUUUGUGCCCGAUCACAAGUCAUUCUUUCCGGUCUUGCGUUACCCGGGCAACUAGUGUUGAGACAUCGAUUUCGUAGAAUAAUAUUCGAUUUCAGCAUAGUGGGCAGCAUUAUUGAUUUAAACGGCGCUUCUUUCAACUUUCGACGACUAUCCCGAAUACCGCUUUGGCAUGAGCCUAAAAUCACGUUAGAUUUAAUCAAUAUCGGCUUUGAUAUACCUGUCUAGUUCUACUGUCUAGUUCUAUCUAGCUUCAGGUGAACUUUAAGAGAAGGAAUUGAGGGUGUGAAGUUGGACACCAUGGCGGGGCAUUUUAUUCACGGCCGUGGUCAUGGCCACGGUCACCACCAUUUCCAUAUAAGGGGAUUGCCUUUGGAGGCAGAGCAGCCUAGCCAACUAGAGACUGGACAAGGGAUUAGCAACUCGCUUCUCACCGGGACAAAUACGAUUGCUCAAAUCGUCCCCAGGGAAAAUAAUCUCGACGAAAAGCCAGUUGGUGGCUCGAUGACUCUUCCGAUCAUCCUGGGUGUUUGCAUUCCGGUAGGACUUGCACUUUCCGUCCUGCUUUAUUUACACCACCGAACAACUGUAAGGCAGAGGAAAGAGGAUGAGACAGACAAGUACAAGUCGAUGGACUUUGGUCUUGAGGGUAGUUUGCCCGGCAAAGCGGGUAAGAGGCGGAGUGCUUUCUUCGGAAAGGAGAAGGACCCGAGUCACAAAAUUCAACUUUCUAUGGAUAUGAAUCUCUCAAGUCCUUACCUCCUUCCGCCUAAUCUGCAGAACUCUCGGGAAUCACUUGCGAGAAGCCUUAACCAAGGUGAAGAUCCGUAUCGACCUGUUACCAGCUAUGGCGCUAGUGAUGCGGGUUCUUUACGCUCCGUACAGAAAGGACCUGAUAGGGGUUCAGGGCCCGGACAGAGGCUCGCUGUUAACACGGCCGGUGAUUUCUCUACCCGUCAAAAGGGGCUACCUUCGUCUCCAUCUCCUCUUCAGCCAGUGCCUCCCGCUGCGAAGCGAUCAUCGCGUCGUGAGUCGGCAGAUAAACAGCCUUCCCUCCCGGUUAAGAAUGAAUUCCGCUUCGUCAAUGAUGCCCCAACUGUCGCUAAGGUCCCUGAGAUUCAGGAGCCGGCAGCAACAGCUUCGCGUGUGUCUAACGGUUCCGUUAACGCUGUUGGAUCUGCAACCACCAUGAACUCUGUUGCUAUGCCAAAGUCCGGCGGCCAAGGCCUGGGUAUUAUGGAUGCUCGCGCCUCUCAGAACUCGAUGGCUAGCUCACCGAAGGAUGCCAAGUCGUUUCCCGCAGGAGUGCGACCGCCUAGGAAUGAGUCGCUCGCUGCCGCAUCUAAUGUCACUAAUGACUACGAGGAUCACACAGCUCAUUUCCAGAUCGACGAUGCUGAUGAUGUAACGGGUAGCAGCGACCGACACAUGCCGCCACGUAUAAACGAGCCUGAGCACCCACUUUCCGCUGGCUUGGGUGUGCCCGGCCAGGAUAACCGUAGGCUAUCUGUUGGGUUCCGUCCUCUUCCACCGGAUGAUUUCCUCGAGUCGGAAGACCCCGAGUUCAGAGCCAACAGGAUUCGUUCAUUCUACAAAGAGUACUUCGAGGAGACGAAGACAGAUUCUGGAAAGCCACCACCCAUUCCCCAGCAAGCACAGAAAGCAGCCUACUAUGAUGAUUACGAUGCCAACUAUCUCGGUGAUACCGCAUUUUUCGACCCCGACAGCAAUGCAUUCGUUAUGCCUUACGCGCAACCUGUUACGCGCCGUGCUAUGACUCCCCCUCCGAGCAACCGACGACCGAUGCCUGGACCGGGACCCCGUGGUCCACCCGGCCCUCGUGGUCCUCCUGGUCACGGUCCCCACGGAAGCAUGAACAUGCCUGGUGGACCUCGCGGAAGACCCAGGGCUGGCUCCACGCAAUCCGCUGGUAGAUGGGCAGCGAUGAGCCCGCGUCCGGACUCAUCAGCCUCCAACCGCCUCGCAGGUAAUGGGGCGGGUGGCAAACCGCGAAAGCCGAUGCCCCCCCCUGCUGCGCUUAACACAUUGCCUACUCCUUCCAAGUUGAGAGAUGAUUCUUUUGCUAUUAUGGGUUCCAUCGAAUUUGCUCCUCCCCCUUCUUUCAAGGACAUCGCAGCUGGUCGGUCGCAGAGCCCUGUUGGCGAACGCAAGCCUUAUGUCCUGAAUACGCCAAUCCACUCGCCGCUAGUGAGCGCUUUCGACGACACACCAGCGUUACCCAGCCCGCACUUGUUGCGUAAAUCAGGAACAUUCACUGCCCUCGAUUUCGCUCCCCCGCGUCGGUUUAAGGACGCCGACACGAUGAGCGACUCGGGUAGUGUUGUUAGCAACCGCAGUGGUAUUUCGUCUGCUAAUCUAAGUGCCAUCCGCGGCGGUGCUGGUAGAGUCAGUCGUCUACCAGGAGACACCGUUUUCACACAACAGGCGAUGGGCAAUACUCUGAAGCCAUCGUGGAACAUGAGGGACUAGAGCGACUAAUGAAAUAUAAGGCUUGAUAUACAGUCAGGACUUAGAAGGCGGCAAAUGCCAGCUGUCUUGUAUAUCUGAUCAAAUAUGUACUGUUAAUGCCGUUUUCUUCCAGUCGGGGAGUAAUUUGGAAAGCAAUCAUGAUCGGCGAAGCAUUUUACCUUGCAUGGCGGAAACAUAUAGAAGGAUCGGUGCAGUUUAUACCGACAGAUACCUAGGGAUUUUUGCUUAUUGAUUUUAUUUAACAAUAUUAUAACCAAAGUGGUGUGGCUAUUUUUUUUUUUAUUGUAGGUGUUGCAUAAUAGUUCCUGUUAACCCAUCUUUUACUAGUAUACCUAUACCGUGUUAUAAUAUGGAUUUCACUUCUAUCAUUUUGCUAGGUAGGUAUAUCUGGAGAGAAAUUGUGUU